AUGUGGCUGCAGAACCUGCUUCUCCUGGGCACUGUGGUCUGCAGCAUCUCGGCACCCACCUACCCGCCCAGGCCUGUCACCCGGCCCUGGCAGCACGUGGAUGCCAUCAAGGAGGCCCUGUUCCUCCUGAGCCACAGUAGUGACACUGCCACCGUGAUGAAUGAAACUGUAGAAGUCGUCUCUGAAAUGUUUGACCCUCAGGAGCCGACAUGCCUGCAGACCCGCCUGGGGCUGUACAAGCAGGGCCUGAGGGGCAGCCUUGCCAGGCUCAAGGGCCCCUUGACCAUGAUGGCCAGCCACUACAAGCAGCACUGCCCCCCCACCCAGGAAACUUCCUGUGCAACCCAGACUAUCACCUUCAAAAGUUUCAAAGAGAACCUGAAGGAGUUUCUGUUUACCAUCCCCUUUGACUGCUGGGAACCGGUCCAGAAGUGA